GGGCAAGAGGAAGACCUCCAGGAGCUCCCCGCGCAGCGCGGCUGUGUUUGCGGCCUGUGGGAGUAGGCGCUUCGCGGAAACCAGUCUCCCGGGCGAGCGGCGCGCAGGAACCUUGGGCCGGUGGAGCCCGCUCGUCACCUGGAAGCCUAGGAGGCCGUGAAGACAGGGCCGUUUGUUUCCACAGCGGCGGACUGCUGCAGUAAGAAUGUCUUUUCCCCCUCAUUUGAAUCGCCCUCCAAUGGGAAUCCCAGCACUUCCACCAGGGAUCCCACCCCCACAGUUUCCUGGCUUUCCUCCACCUGUACCUCCAGGAACCCCAAUGAUUCCUGUGCCAAUGAGCAUUAUGGCUCCUGCUCCAACUGUUUUGGUACCCACUGUGUCCAUGGUUGGAAAGCAUUUGGGAGCAAGGAAAGAUCAUCCGGGCUUAAAGGCUAAAGAAAAUGAUGAAAAUUGUGGUCCUACUACUACAGUCUUUGUUGGCAACAUUUCUGAAAAAGCCUCUGACAUGCUGAUAAGACAGCUCCUUGCUAAAUGUGGCUUGGUUUUGAGCUGGAAGAGAGUACAAGGUGCGUCUGGAAAACUUCAAGCCUUUGGAUUCUGUGAGUAUAAGGAGCCUGAGUCUACCCUCCGUGCACUCAGGUUAUUGCAUGAUCUGCAGAUUGGAGAGAAGAAGCUACUUGUUAAAGUUGAUGCAAAAACAAAAGCACAAUUGGAUGAAUGGAAAGCAAAGAAGAAAGCUUCUAAUGGGAAUGCCAGGCCAGAAACGGUAGCUAAUGAUGAUGAAGAAGCCUUAGAUGAAGAAACAAAAAGAAGAGACCAGAUGAUCAAAGGAGCCAUUGAGGUUUUAAUACGGGAAUAUUCCAGCGAGCUCAAUGCCCCUUCUCAAGAAUCUGACUCUCAUCCUAGGAAGAAGAAGAAGGAAAAGAAAGAGGACAUUUUUCGCAGAUUUCCAGUGGCCCCAUUGAUCCCUUAUCCACUCAUCACUAAGGAGGAUAUAAAUGCUAUAGAAAUGGAAGAAGAUAAAAGAGACCUGAUAUCUCGAGAGAUCAGCAAAUUCAGAGAUACACACAAGAAACUGGAAGAAGAGAAAGGCAAAAAGGAAAAAGAAAGACAGGAAAUUGAGAAAGAACGGAGAGAAAGAGAGAGGGAACGUGAAAGGGAACGAGAAAGGCGAGAACGGGAACGAGAAAGGGAAAGAGAACGUGAACGAGAAAAGGAGAAGGAACGGGAGCGGGAACGAGAACGAGAUAGGGAUCGUGACCGGACAAAAGAAAGAGAUCGAGAUCGGGAUCGAGAAAGAGAUCGCGACAGAGAUCGGGAACGGAGCUCAGACCGGAAUAAGGAUCGGAGUCGAUCAAGAGAAAAGAGUAGAGAUCGUGAAAGGGAACGGGAGCGGGAAAGAGAACGCGAGAGAGAACGGGAACGAGAAAGAGAACGAGAACGUGAAAGAGAACGAGAAAGAGAACGAGAGCGAGAACGAGAGAAAGACAAAAAACGGGACAGGGAAGAGGAUGAGGAAGAUGCUUAUGAACGAAGAAAACUUGAAAGAAAACUCCGAGAGAAAGAGGCUGCCUAUCAAGAGCGCCUUAAGAACUGGGAAAUCAGAGAACGGAAGAAAACAAGGGAAUAUGAGAAAGAAGCAGAAAGAGAAGAAGAACGAAGAAGAGAAAUGGCAAAAGAAGCUAAACGACUCAAAGAAUUCUUGGAAGAUUAUGAUGAUGAUAGAGACGAUCCCAAGUAUUACAGAGGCAGUGCUCUUCAAAAAAGAUUGCGUGAUAGGGAAAAGGAAAUGGAAGCAGAUGAACGGGAUAGAAAAAGAGAGAAGGAAGAACUAGAAGAAAUUAGACAACGCCUUUUGGCAGAAGGACACCCGGAUCCAGAUGCAGAGCUCCAAAGGAUGGAACAAGAGGCCGAAAGGCGUAGACAACCUCAAAUAAAGCAAGAACCAGAAUCAGAGGAAGAAGAAGAGGAAAAGCAAGAAAAGGAAGAAAAACGAGAGGAACCUGUAGAAGAGGAAGAAGAGCCUGAGCAAAAGCCCUGCCUGAAACCAACUCUGAGACCUAUCAGUUCUGCCCCAUCUGUUUCCUCUGCCAGUGGCAAUGCAACCCCAAAUACUCCUGGGGAUGAGUCUCCCUGUGGUAUUAUUAUUCCUCAUGAAAAUUCACCAGAUCAGCAACAACCUGAGGAGCAUAGGCCAAAAAUAGGACUGAGUCUUAAACUAGGUGCUUCCAAUAGUCCUGGUCAACCUAAUUCUGUGAAGAGAAAGAAACUCCCUGUAGAUAGCGUCUUUAAUAAAUUUGAGGAUGAAGACAGUGAUGAUGUACCCCGAAAAAGGAAACUGGUUCCAUUGGAUUAUGGUGAAGAUGAUAAAAAUGCUGCCAAAGGCACUGUAAACACUGAAGAAAAACGAAAACACAUUAAAAGUCUCAUUGAGAAAAUUCCUACAGCCAAACCUGAGCUCUUUGCUUAUCCUCUGGAUUGGUCUAUUGUGGAUUCUAUACUGAUGGAACGACGGAUUAGACCGUGGAUUAAUAAGAAAAUCAUAGAAUACAUAGGUGAAGAAGAAGCUACAUUAGUUGAUUUUGUAUGUUCUAAGGUUAUGGCUCAUAGUUCACCUCAGAGCAUUUUAGAUGAUGUUGCUAUGGUACUUGAUGAAGAAGCAGAAGUUUUUAUAGUCAAAAUGUGGAGAUUAUUGAUAUAUGAAACAGAAGCCAAGAAAAUUGGUCUUGUGAAGUAAAACUUUUUACAUUUAGUGUUCCAUUUCAGAUUUCUUCUUUUCCAUUCUUCAAUGGACUUUGAAUUUUUUUGUCUUCAAAGACAGUUGUGACAUCUGUAAUUUUUUUUAAUGUAGAAAAUGUGAAUUUUUUUUGUCCUCUAAUUUGUUGAUGCCCUGUGUACUCCCUUGGUUGUAAAGUCAUCCGAUCCUAUGUUGGUUCUCUUUAUACUCGCCAGGUACAAAUUACUGGUAAUGUUUUAUAAGCCACAGCUACUGUAUACAGCCUAUCUGAUAUAAUCUUGUUCUGCUGAUUUGUUCCUUGUAAAUAUUAAAAUGACUCCCCAAUUAUUUUGCAGAAUUGCACUUAAUAUUGAACUGUACUGUAUGAGAACCAAUCGCAAUGAUCUUAAUUCAAAUAAUACCAGUCACAUCUUUACCCAUUUCCCCGUGAUCAGAAAUGGUAAACCCUAUUCAAGGCUAGGAAUUUAAAAGGGGGUGUGCAAGUUAGCAGACAAUCCAUCUCUACUGUAUCUCUGUACGAAUGUGUUUGUGUGGAUGUAUGUAUAAAAGUCUUAUUUUUCCUAAUUUGAUUUGUAGGGCUCCCUUUUAUGUUUUUAAAUUGAAAAAUAGGAUCAUAAAGAAAACAAAGUAUUGUGCCAACUCAAAUGUCUGAGAUAAUUAGAUUAUUAUUUUCCCAGAGCAUAAUACUCUCUAUUGGCAAGCAACAGUCUGCUAAAUGUGAUGGGGUUUUCCUAUAGCCUGCUAUGUCCUUUGAAGAAGAUAUGAAUCAUGGUGGUUUGCCUCCUUCCUUAUUCCCAAACCCCAUCCACCUUUCAUUGUUUAGAAAUGAGGCAGACCCUUAAAUUCUGGAGAGCUUUAUUUAAUGUAAUUUUGCACUAACUGGUCCUAAGUUUUAUUUUGGUGUACUUUUUUGUUUU